CGAGCCGCCCGUUGUCUGCCCAUGUUGUUCUCCGGGUGGAGUUUGGCUACAGUCCGCCAGACAAAGACAAGCGAUUGACCAGUGAAAGCUCGCUGUACCGGCGCUGGAUACAUAACGUGACUGAAGGUCUGUGUUACGCUGAGCUGCAGAGCCCCUGGAUCUUCACCAAACAACAAAACCACCUGCUGUGCCCAGUUGUUUCAUUGUUUACAUCUGUCGUCAGCUGGAGGGUUUGUUCAAAUAAGCUAAGGACAUCUGCAGAAAGGACCAUUACAUCAUCCCUGAUUUUUUUGGAAUAUACUUCAGCUGAGUUUCAGGAACCGAUGGAUGGUGAAAAGAAUGAAAUUCAUUGAUAUUGCCCAAGGGGGCAACAUCAAGAUGGUCACUUGUACUCGUAUUGAUUCUCUGUUAAGCACAAGGAGAAGCUCCAUCCCCUAGUUAUCUUGAUGAAGGCCUUUUUCUGACAAAAGAUAAGGGCCACUUGGGGCCAGGAGCUGGAGUGCUGUUCCUCCUCUGCCCGCUAAAUUUUAACUAUUUGAUAGAUUUCAUCGCCCUCCUGACUUCAAGAUGGAGCUCUUUUUCAACCCAUUUGACAACCUAGUGUGCAUCCUGCUGGGCAUCUCCUUCACUGUGUGGUUCACCCUGCUGCUGGUCUUUAUUAUCGUGCCUGCCAUCUUUGGGGUGUCCUUUGGCAUCCGGCGUCUUUACAUGAAAUCUUUAUUAAAGCUCUUUGAGUGGGCCACACUUAGGCUAGAGAGAGGCGCAAAGGAAAAGAACCAUCCCUUAUACAAACCCUACUCAAAUGCCAUCAUUGCCAAGGAGCCCACCUCCUUGGAAGAGGAGAUCAAGGAGAUCCGGAGGAGUGGCAGCAACAGAGAGCUGAACUCAGCCCCUGAGUUUGAGAUGUCUGACAUCUUCUAUUUUGCUCGGCGAGGAGUGGAGAGCAUCAUGGACGAUGAGGUGACCAAGCGGUUCAGUGCUGAGGAGUUGGAGUCCUGGAAUCUGCUGACCCGCAGCAACUACAACUUCCACUACAUCAGUCUGAGGCUGACCGUCCUUUGGGGGCUGGGCCUGCUGAUCCGCUAUGGCUUCCUGCUGCCUCUCAGGGUAACUCUUGCCUUCACUGGUGUCGGCCUCCUCGUGUUCCUCACCUGUGUUAUUGGGCUGCUGCCAAAUGGAAGGAUGAAAAACUUUCUGAGUCAGAAAGUCCAUUUGAUGUGCUACAGAAUAUGUGUCAGAGCUCUGACUGCCAUUAUAACAUACCAUGACAGUGAGAAUAAACCCAAGAAUGGAGGCAUCUGUGUCGCCAACCACACCUCACCCAUCGAUGUUAUCAUCCUGGCCAGCGAUGGCUGCUAUGCUAUGGUGGGCCAAAUUCACGGAGGCUUGAUGGGGGUCAUUCAGAGAUCCAUGGUCAAAGCCUGCCCGCACAUUUGGUUCGAACGCUCAGAAGUCAAAGACAGACAUCUAGUGGCCAAAAGAUUGAGUGAUCAUGUAGAAGACAAAUCUAAACUACCCAUUCUCAUUUUCCCAGAAGGUACCUGCAUUAACAACACUUCAGUCAUGAUGUUUAAGAAGGGCAGUUUUGAUAUUGGUGCCACCGUCUACCCUGUGGCCAUUAAGUAUGACCCUCGAUUUGGGGACGCCUUCUGGAAUAGCAGCAAGUUUGGGAUGGUCAACUACCUGUUGCGUAUGAUGAGCAGCUGGGCCAUCGUCUGCAGUGUGUGGUACCUUCCUCCCAUGUCCAGAGAGGAGGGUGAAGACGCUGUACAGUUUGCCAAUCGUGUAAAGGCAGCCAUAGCCAGGCAAGGCGGACUGGUCGACCUCCUGUGGGAUGGAGGACUGAAGCGAGGAAAGGUAAAAGAUACCUUUAAAGAAGAGCAGCAGAAGCUGUACAGUAAAAUGCUGGUGGGCACGCAAGAGGACCGCAGUCGCUCCUGAAGGACCUGUUUUGGAGGUGGACUGGCUCAAAGACCCACUUGGGCACAUCUGACUGAAUAGGCAGUCAGCAGGGCUUCCUCUCUAUUGGAGAGUCUGGACUGGAAAAUUCCCUCUCUGAUGUCAACAGUACUCCAUUUGGCUUCCUCGGUCACUGCCUCAGCCAGGCAUGUUCAGUUUGCGUCGCUGUUACGGGUCAUUCUGAGUCUGCUGCCCUUUGUUGGAAUAGCUCGACCGAAGCCCUGCUUGCAUUAGAAUGAAAAUAAGGUGCGCACAGAAAAGGAGCAUUGUCUUCCUUGUUGGCAGUCUUUUGAUGGAAAACUUGUAAUAUUAUCUAUCAUUGAGUUCCUGUCUUUGUUUAGUAGUUUUCUGACUUUUUCAUUUUAAUAUUACUGUCAUGUUUGUAUCACACUGUGUUGAAGUAACAGAGUUUGAUUAUACCUGGGGACAGAGGAGAGAGUUAUUGUUUGUUACAAAGCUAAAACCUGUGACUGAGUUGGGGUUUUGCAUGACUGGCUUGUGCCCAUGAUUUAGGGCACGAUGCCAGAUUUUGUUACAUUUCAGAUAUUUUUAUGGGCUUUUUCCAAGAGAAAAAAAAUCUUGUAUUUUAAGCUUUGUGUUUUACAUUAAGACUUGUAUCAACACAUGUGGUCACUAUAGGAAUAACACUCCAGAGGAGCUCUUGAUAUGUUGUCUGUUUCUGUGUUUUUUCCAUGGAAUGUGUAAAUCCCUCACAUUAUGAAAUGGAAAUUGAGCACCCACAGUGACUCUCACGGAGGUUUAUGGGUUGAGGCAGAUAUUCCUCAAUGUUCCAGCUAAUAAUGCAGCAUAAUUGGAGCAAAAAGGGUUUAUAGUCAAUUCAUUAAGAAUUUAUUUGGGAUGCUUUUAGCAUUGCCCCUUUUAAGGCCCAUGGCACACAGGUAGUGAUGUAGGAUAACGACCAUCACAACCGGUCUCCUGACUAAAACAUGGUUAUAAUGACAAUUAGCUGAUACAUAUUCAUACUAAUAUACUUCCUAACAGGCAUCAUGUUCUACAUUGGCUUCCUGCUUGUGUAGUGACCAUCUUGCCUAAUUUAUUUUAAGUGAACUCUAAAAGCUAUUGUCUUUAAUUCCCCCUCCUCAUCAGUGAUCUUUCUCCUACUUGGCAGCCUCUUCAAGGGGAGUGCAGCUGUAGUUUGGACUCCCCAUUAGGCUGGAGUUGAGGAACACAGUGGACCGCCUCGGUGGGGUUUUUCCCUGAGGCUCUCGUCCCUCUAGUUUACUGUUAUCAGGGACGUCAUUUAGAUCAUGUCGAAUCUGUUCAUCAAAAUAAAUGUUCAAGAAUGUUGAA